CGCUUCCGGGAGCGCGACCUUCUCCGCCUCAGGCCGGGCCGGGCGGGUGAGUUCGGUUCGGGGACCCGAUACCGGCGUGGGUCCGGGGACAGGGCGGCUCCGGGCCCCGCAGCCUGCUCGGAAGGGACCCGCGCGUAUCCCACCCCCGUUUGUGUGUGCAGGGGGGCAGCGAAGAUGGCGGCGCCAACGAUGGAGGAGAGGAAGGCCUGCUGGGGGGCCCGGGACGAGUUCUGGCACUGCCUGGACAGCCACGCAGAGGAUGCCGCCAAGUGCGAGAAGCUACGGCACUCCUUCGAGUCGCUGUGUCCGCAGCAAUGGGUUAAAUAUUUUGACAGAAGAAGAGACUUUUUAAAAUACAAAAAAAAACUUGAAACAGAAGGGUUUCAUCCUCCAGAGGCUGCUGGAAAGUCUUAGGCACUCUGCUGGCAAUAAAAAUGUGGUAAAAAUACAGAAGGAAGGAGCACAAAAAAGCAACAGAAGCUGCUUGAGCUCAAGACCUGGUAACCUGGCUGCUCCCUGAGAUGCAGGCUGCCUCUUGGUGCAAAGUGCUGAGAAACAGUGGUCAUGGACAGCUUUUAAAGAAACCUGGUUCAAAAAUCUGAGGUUUUGGAUGUAUAAUUAAAUGGUUCCACAGGAAUAAAGGAUUAUUUAAUGGUAAUGUA